AUGCAGGAGCAGCAUGGAGAAGAACCCAACCCCAAGGUGUGUUCCCUACCGGUGAAAGGUUCGUCAUCGCACGAUGGAUCAGAUUCACCGGGCGAACGGCGCGGACCACCACAGUUGGGAGACUCGGAACUCCGAGAAGCGCUGUGCGAGCGCUGUCAGGCUCUCAAGCUGGAUGACCGAAGAUUUGGACUUUCACCGGAAUUCUUCGGAGAUGCAUGCGUUUCGCCUUUCCCCGACCCCGACGAGCAAUCUUCGGACGACGACAUAUCUCAAGACAGCGAUGCAGACGAGGCCUUGUGGAACCGCGACGACGACGUCAUAUUUUCCGACAACAACGACGGCGCGAUAUCUUCGGGUAGCAACAUGGAUAAGUUAUCUUCGGACAACAGCGCAGACGAAACAUCUUCAGGCUACAUUUCAUGGGACGACUUCUACGAUUUUCCAGACAGCUUCAUUCCCCUCAACUACUCUUUGACGGACCAGCUACCAGAUCUCCCCAUCUUAUCUGAAUCUUCACGCAAAGGAUGCAACUUUUGCGCACUCUUGGUCCGUGCUGUUCGACGAGACAGCAUCAAGCGGAAAGCAGAAACCUUUGGAACGCAACAGCUCAUCAUUUCCGGUGCGGAAUAUGCUUGGGGAUUUGAAGUAGGAUUAUGCUGUCUUGGAAUCAAUAUGGAGUUCCGCAAUGGAAUUUUAGCUCAUUCCGUCACAAUUCCUUUCCAAGUUGGGUGCCCUGAAGGAGAAUGCGCCUCAUGGCUGAAAAUACGCGCCAGACCAUUGGAAACCAACCCUCUGUCAGGCCAAAAUGCAGAUAUGCUCAGAUCAUGGUUGCACAAGUGUCACAAAUCUCAUUGGAAAUGCAAUCACAAGAGCACCAUCAGCAAGCUUCCAACUCGACUUUUGGACGUAGGUGGAAGAAAUUUCGACAAAGACCCUCGUCUUAUCAUCUCUGCUGCGGAUCCAACACUCUCGGUCGCUCUCGAUACACCGUACGCAGCUCUCAGUCACUGCUGGGGAAAAGAAAGUUUGCCUCUCAAAACGGAGGCUUCCUCGAUUUCGCAUAGAUUGAAAAGCAUACCCAUGGAUUCCAUGCCCUCGACAUAUAGAGAUGCCAUACUAUUGACUCGGUCGUUGCGUAUCCGCUAUCUCUGGAUUGACUCGCUGUGUAUCAUUCAAGAUGAUGCCUCGGACUGGGAAAGGGAGUCUACGACAAUGAGUGAAGUAUAUCGAAAUGCGCACGUCACCUUGUGUGCUCUGGUCAACUCCUGCGACGAGGGGUUUCUUCCACAGGCUAGGCAAAGUAUUGAGAUUCCCUUCAAAUCUUCAGUCAAGCCUCAGGUGCAUGGGAGCUAUUCGUUGCACGAAAUAUGGCCACGCUUCGCUGAUAACGACUGGGAUACCCACAGUCUUAUCACGUGGCUGCAUUCCUACGACGAGAGCGAAUGGAAACACAGAGGGUGGACCUUUCAAGAAGAGAGAUUCUCGUCGAGGAGGCUGAUCUGCAGUCUGCAGAAGUUCGUCUAUGUCUGUGAUAGUAAAUAUCGCGCGGAAGACGGUGUAAUGCCAGGCCGGAGUGUCAACAAAAGCAUGUUCCAUGAACUCGAACAGUCGGUUCGACGAGGCGGAAAACAGAAUCUCUACACUGUUUGGUACAACUCUGUACAUCAAUAUUCGCACAGAUCCCUGACCUUCGCACAAGAUUGCUUCCCGGCCGUCUCCGCACUCGCCGCAAUGAUCGCAGAUAGAACUGGAGACAGGUACAUUGCUGGUUUGUGGGAAGCGGACCUGCAUCGGGGGUUGCUCUGGAGGAGCUUCUUGUCCGGUGAUCCAAAUUCAAUCCUCGGUCUAUCCAACUUCAUCCAGGAACUGACUAGGCCUGGCCUGUUUAUCGCACCUUCUUGGAGCUGGGCGUCCCUGCAAACGGUUAAAGGUUGGAUUACGUAUGAGCAAACAAACCCGGAGCUUACGAUUUGCGAGGCGCAUGCGCAAAUUGAUGGUCUCAACCCGUUUGGACGGAUCAAAGAUGCUCAUCUGCUUGUAUCUGGGAAACUGCACCAUGCCCAAAGAUUUACGUUGUCCCCACUCUAUGAAACUCGUUAUCGCGUUAAAUUUUCUGGUUCAUUUAUUGCGGAGUGGUUUUUGGACUGCGUAUCGACCGAUGAAGAGGUCUUCGAUGAAGGAGUGGGCGAAGGAUGCAAAUGGGGCGCGGACAGUGGCCUGUUCAUGUUGUUAGUAUCAAGCAGUCUAGGUUAUGAAGAGAUGGAUGAACUCGCAGUUGCGUUGUACGAAGAGUGGAGCCGAGCCGGCCCCAGACUUUGCAAGCAGCUAUUCGGGCUGGUCCUACAUUACACGGCUACUGACAACGCAUACCGGCGGAUUGGCGUGUUUAAAACAAUCGAAUGGGAAAGCGGAGGAAGCAAAGUUUUCGAAUCUGUUCCUGAGACAAGGAUCAAGCUUGUGUGA